AUGGCAGCCGCCCCAGCCAACUUUGAUCCCGAGACGGCGGACAAUCUUGAGGAUAUUGAGAAGCAAUUCGCAGUGAAAGUCGUCCAGCACAUGUCCACAUACUGGUCCAUCCUCGAGAAGGUCCGAGGAUCGACGUUAAGGCUCACCAAGCUCGAUGAUGAAAUCUACACACAUUUGAAGGCCGAUUUCCCUGAGUUCGAUCCAGCCGCAAAGAUAGAUGAGGACGAGAUGAAGAGCAAGACAGGAAAGGAGAGGUGGCGGAAAUUCUUGAUGACAUACGAGAAGAAAGUCGAUGAUUACAACUUUGGCACAAUGCUGAGAGCAGAUGCAAAGGGGGAGUACGAAGAAAAAGAGACAAUCUUUGUCCCCAGAAUGCAAUUCUAUGCUGUCGAAAUCGCCAGAAAUAGGAAUGGUCUGAAUGAUUGGAUUUUCGAGAAGGCCCAGAAAGAGGCCACGGAGGCAAAGUCAUAA